AUGAAUAAAAAGUUGAUGAUUUUGAAAAUUAUUAAGCUACCACUUCUCAAUACUAAUAUGUUUUUAUUUUACUUUUUAGAAAGAAAACAAAACAAAAAAAUAUCCAGUAGUGUAAAAAGUAGAAAAGAAAUAUUCAUGGUAUGGAAUGUAAUCAAGAGAGAAAGAGAAGUGGAUGGGAAAGUUGAUGGAACGGUCGCUGAAGCUUUGGGAAAUGAAAGACAAAAAAUCCUACACUGCAUAUAG